AUGAAGUUCUUCGUUGUCGCUGCCCUCUUCGCUGGCGCUCUCGCCGCUCCUACCGAGCUCGAGGCUCGCACUUACCCCGUCACCCUGUGCCCCAACGGCCUCUACGCCAACCCCGUCUGCUCUGACGUUGACGUCCUUGGAAUUCUGUGCCUGAACGCUGUCUCUCCCAGCGAGUCUCCCCGCGACGCCAACCACUUCCGUGAGGUCUGCGCCAAGAUUGGCAAGCAGGCCCGUUGUGCUGUCCUUCCUGUCGCGAACCAGGCUGUUCUUUGCAACAAGCCCGUUGGCAUCACCAACUAA